CGGAUUCUUAUAAGACAGGAAAGCUGCCGGGCGUUUCCUCUUUCAUCCGUCGACUGAUCUUGAACCUUCACUCUACUUGAGGCCUUUCUAAUUCCUCACUUCCCUUUUACUCCCCUCUCUCAUAUCGAACAUCUAUUGACGUCAUCAUGUCUUCUGCCCAGCAGCGUCUCACCCAGGUGGCCUCCCACUUCGGCACCAGGGGCAAGACCGGCGUCGCCGCCAUCACCGAGAAGAACCCCGAUGAUAUCGUUGUGACCUGCGCUCUGCGGACGGCCCUGACAAAAGGUGGAAAGGGUGGCUUUAAGGACACCGCCGCCGCCGAUCUGCUGGCGGGCGUGUUCAAGGGCGUCAUCGACCGCAGCGGCAUCGACCCCAGUCUGGUCGAGGAUAUCUCUGUCGGCUCCGUCCUUCCCCCCGGUGGCGGUGCCACCGAGUUCCGUGCUGCUGCUCUGGUGGCCGGGUUUCCUGAGAGCGCUGCCGUCAAGGCGCUGAACCGCCAGUGCUCCAGUGGCCUUCAGGCCAUCGUGGACAUCGCCAAUGCCCUCAAGUCUGGAAUGAUCGAUGUCGGCAUUGGUGCUGGUGUGGAGAGCAUGUCGUCUCAGUACGGCCCCGGCGCAGUGACCGAAUUCUCCGAGCUCCUCGAGAACCACCCCGAGUCGGCCAACUGCAAGGUCCCCAUGGGUGUGUUAUCGGAGCAGAUGGCCAAGGACCGCAACAUCAGCCGUGCGGCCCAAGAUGCAUUCGCCGCCUCAUCCUACCAGAAGGCUGUCAACGCCCAGAAAGCCGGUCUUUUCAACGAAGAGAUCAUCCCCCUCCAGGUCAAGUGGACCGACCCCAAGUCCGGCGAGGAGAAGACCAUCACCGUCAAGGCCGAUGAUGGUAUUCGCCCCGGUAUAACCGCCGAGUCUCUGGGCAAGAUCCGCCCUGCGUUCGCCAAGGACGGCUCCAUCCACGCCGGCAACGCCUCGCAGAUCUCCGACGGUGCCGCCGCCGUCCUGCUCAUGAAGCGCUCCACCGCCGAGCGCCUCGGACAGAAGAUCAUCGGCAAGUACGUCUCCGCCAGCAUCGUCGGCGUCAAGCCGCUGCUCAUGGGCAUCGGCCCGUGGAAGGCCAUCCCCGUCGCGCUGGAGAAGGCUGGCAUUACCAAAGACGAUGUCGACAUCUACGAGAUCAACGAAGCCUUCGCCUCGCAAUGCGUCUGGUGUGUCAACGAGCUGGGAAUUCCCCAGGAGAAGGUCAACCCCAAGGGUGGCGCCAUCGCCUUCGGACAUCCCCUGGGCUGCACCGGGUCCCGACAGAUCAGCACGCUCCUGACGGAGCUGCACCGCACCAACAAGAAGAUCGGCGUCAGCAGCAUGUGCGUUGGGACUGGAAUGGGCAUGGCCGCCGUGUGGGUGGCCGAGUAAAAAAAAGCCGAAGAAGAAAGAAAUGGGAACAUGAGCUGGAUUCAUAGAUCUCCCUGGUUAUUUCAUCAUUCUGUAUAGCGAUUCGAUUUUAUUCCUUUUCCUUCCCUAUCCCGCAGACAAACCAGUUACUAGUUAGUUAAGUGUAUACCACCAAGAAUGACACAUACCCUCAC